AUGACUAAGGAUAAUCGUGCGGUCGAGUCUGCGAUCUGCUUAAAAGUGAUAUCCAGGGGCCAAUCGCAACUAAACUUCAAGGAUUUGGAAACCAGCUACGUUCCAGCUAGUUUGAAGCUCAUCAGUUCAACGGUUUCGAGCGUCUUCCUCUUUGCUCUCUUAUCCCUUGGCGCCACGCCUAGUCAUUUGAGCCAGGACGAUCCUUCAAUGCAAAUCAACGUUCCUGAAUAUACAUGGCCCUCCUUGGACCAUCUGUUCAUACCGGCUUCAAUUGACGUUUAUCAAAAACCCGAAUUCAAACCCGACUGGGACGACCUGUUUGAAGAAGCACUCACUAACUCAGAAUCAGACUUCACCGACGACCUUUCGCUGCCUCUCACCCAAUUGCCGGUGAUAAAUCCUUUUGUCCAACCCACACCGCUCGCUGCUGACUCCUUUUUACCUACUCCUCCCGAGCCCCAGAUUCCUUCGCUGGAACAAUCAUACAACGGGUGGAUGUUGAACCCGCCUACUAUCCCGCACAACCACACACAUCAACCAGACACGGCGCUCGCACAGAAUAAGAAAUCGUUUGUGUGCGACCUAUGUACAAAGAACUUCACCAGAAGAGAGUCGCUGAAAAAUCAUAUCUCCUCUGUCCACCAGAAGCUCAAGCCCCACAAAUGCCAAUACGCCAACUGCGAUCUGGAAUACUCCACCCCGUCGGAUCUUAGACGACACGUGCGCGAAAAGCACAUACGUAACGCAAACAAACUCUACAUCUGCCAGGGUCACACCCAGGACGGGAAAACCUGGGGGUGUGGCAAGCGGUUCCACCGCUCUUACCAACUGACUGGUCAUUGGAAGAGCAACCGGUCUCAGAAGAAAUGUCGGAUUCCUUCUGAUUUCGACUACGUUCCUGUCAAGGUGUCAGAAGAUAAAUCACCAGAAUUUCUUCCAAUGUACAGAGCAAUUACAAGAACUCCCACCAUGCUCGCAAGAUCGUAUGCCACUGGCAAGGUCACCGGCCAGUUCACCGGAAAGCCUGACGCCGACGGCAAAUACACCGUCACCAUGAUUCCUGGUGACGGUAUUGGUCCAGAAAUUGCAGCCUCUGUCCAGAGCAUCUACAAGGCUGCGGACGUGCCAAUCCGUUGGGAGUCGGUCGACGUGACCCCUUCGCUCAUCAAUGGCAAGACCACGUUGCCUGCUGACGCCGUGGCCUCCAUCAACAAGAACCUGGUGGCUUUGAAAGGUCCAUUGGCUACUCCUGUUGGAAAAGGUCACCAGUCGAUGAAUUUGACCCUGAGAAGAACUUUUGCGCUUUUCGCCAACGUCAGACCAUGCAAGAGUGUGCAAGGUUACAAAACUCCUUAUGAGAACGUGGACACCGUGUUGAUCAGAGAAAACACCGAGGGUGAGUAUUCUGGUAUCGAGCACGAGAUUGUUCCCGGUGUUGUCCAAUCGAUCAAGUUGAUCACCAAGCCGGCUUCCGAGAGAGUCAUCAGAUACGCUUUUGAAUAUGCCAAGAGCGUCAACAAGCCAGAGGUCAGAGUCGUGCACAAGGCCUCCAUUAUGAAGCUUUCUGACGGUUUGUUUGUCGAGACCGCCAAGGAGGUUGCCCAGGAAUACCCAGAUGUCAAGCUUACUUUCGAGCUACUUGACAACACCUCGUUGAAGCUUUGUUCUGACCCAUCCGAGUACAAGUCUUUGGUCAUGGUGAUGCCUAACUUGUACGGUGAUAUUAUGUCUGAUUUGUCUUCUGGAUUGAUUGGUGGUUUGGGUUUGACUCCAUCGGGUAACAUGGGUGACAAGGUUUCCAUUUUCGAGGCUGUCCACGGAUCUGCUCCAGAUAUCGCCGGCAAGGGUCUUGCCAACCCAACCGCCCUCUUGCUUUCCUCUUGUAUGAUGUUGAGACACAUUGGAUUGAACUCGUACGCCGACCAGAUCGAGAAUGCUGUUUUGAAAACCAUUGCUUCUGGCCCAGAAAACAGAACCAGGGAUCUGAAGGGAUCCUCUUCCACCGGUCAUUUUACUGAACAGGUUAUCAAAAACUUAUAG